GGGGCCGGUUUAGCGGCAGGAUACAUAGGCGGGACUAUAAAAGCUGAGCGGCUGCUCUAGUGACGCAUUAUUUUUCUGGUGAUUUCGGGAAGCAGGACCUAAUACAACCAUGCAGAUAUUUGUGAAAACCCUUACGGGGAAGACCAUCACCCUUGAGGUUGAACCAAGUGACACCAUUGAAAAUGUCAAGGCUAAAAUUCAAGACAAAGAAGGAAUCCCACCUGACCAGCAGAGAUUGAUCUUUGCUGGAAAGCAGUUAGAAGAUGGCCGUACACUUUCUGACUAUAAUAUUCAGAAAGAGUCAACUUUGCACCUUGUUCUUCGUCUUCGAGGUGGGAUGCAAAUAUUUGUUAAGACCUUGACUGGUAAAACCAUAACUCUGGAGGUAGAACCAAGUGAUACCAUUGAGAAUGUGAAGGCCAAAAUUCAAGAUAAGGAAGGUAUCCCACCUGAUCAACAGAGGCUAAUAUUUGCUGGCAAGCAACUAGAAGAUGGCCGCACACUCUCAGACUACAACAUCCAAAAAGAAUCCACUCUCCACCUGGUUCUUCGCUUAAGAGGUGGUAUGCAGAUAUUUGUCAAAACUUUGACUGGCAAAACAAUUACUCUAGAAGUUGAACCAAGUGACACAAUUGAGAAUGUGAAGGCUAAAAUUCAAGACAAAGAAGGGAUUCCCCCAGACCAGCAAAGAUUGAUUUUUGCAGGCAAACAGCUAGAAGAUGGGCGCACCCUUUCAGAUUACAACAUCCAGAAAGAAUCCACCCUCCAUCUUGUUCUCCGUCUAAGAGGCGGAAUGCAAAUCUUCGUGAAGACCUUAACAGGAAAGACAAUUACUUUGGAGGUGGAGCCCAGUGAUACAAUUGAGAAUGUGAAAGCCAAAAUCCAGGACAAGGAAGGUAUCCCUCCAGAUCAGCAGAGGUUGAUUUUUGCUGGCAAACAGCUAGAAGAUGGUCGGACCCUUUCAGACUACAAUAUCCAGAAGGAAUCCACUCUGCACUUGGUGUUGCGUCUGAGGGGUGGUAUGCAGAUAUUUGUUAAAACCCUUACUGGCAAAACUAUUACGCUGGAGGUUGAGCCAAGCGACACCAUUGAGAAUGUGAAAGCCAAAAUUCAAGAUAAAGAAGGUAUUCCUCCAGAUCAGCAGAGGCUGAUUUUUGCUGGGAAACAACUUGAGGAUGGUCGCACACUCUCAGACUACAACAUCCAAAAGGAAUCCACUCUCCACCUUGUCCUCCGACUGAGAGGUGGGAUGCAAAUCUUUGUCAAGACCCUAACUGGCAAAACUAUUACGCUGGAGGUUGAGCCAAGUGACACAAUUGAGAAUGUGAAGGCAAAAAUUCAAGACAAAGAAGGGAUUCCCCCAGACCAGCAAAGAUUGAUUUUUGCAGGCAAACAGCUGGAAGAUGGCCGCACCCUCUCAGACUACAACAUCCAGAAAGAAUCCACCCUCCAUCUUGUUCUCCGUCUAAGAGGCGGAAUGCAAAUCUUUGUGAAGACCUUAACAGGAAAGACAAUUACUUUGGAGGUGGAGCCCAGUGAUACAAUUGAGAAUGUGAAAGCCAAAAUCCAGGACAAGGAAGGUAUCCCUCCAGAUCAGCAGAGGUUGAUUUUUGCUGGCAAGCAACUAGAAGAUGGCCGCACACUCUCAGACUACAAUAUCCAAAAAGAAUCCACUCUCCACCUGGUUCUCCGCUUAAGAGGUGGUAUGCAGAUAUUUGUCAAAACUUUGACUGGUAAAACAAUUACUCUAGAAGUUGAGCCAAGUGACACAAUUGAGAAUGUGAAAGCUAAAAUUCAAGACAAAGAAGGGAUUCCCCCAGACCAGCAAAGAUUGAUUUUUGCAGGCAAACAGCUGGAAGAUGGCCGCACCCUCUCAGACUACAACAUCCAGAAAGAAUCCACACUCCAUCUUGUCCUUCGUCUGAGGGGUGGAAUGCAAAUCUUUGUGAAGACCUUAACUGGUAAAACCAUUACUCUUGAAGUGGAGCCAAGCGACACUAUCGAAAAUGUAAAGGCCAAAAUUCAAGAUAAGGAAGGCAUUCCUCCAGAUCAGCAAAGGCUCAUCUUUGCAGGAAAACAGCUGGAAGAUGGCCGUACUUUGUCUGAUUAUAACAUUCAGAAGGAAUCUACUCUGCACCUUGUCUUGCGCCUGAGGGGUGGUUUUUAAGAUGACAAGCCGCAGUACUGCUUUUCCUUUCAUUUAAUUAAGUUCAUGCUUCUGUUGCACUUUUGUUUCAAUAAAGUAAUUGCAUUCCACAAA